AUGGGAGAGAUAGAUUUGGAUCCUUCGGCACUACAACUGGAAGAAACCUGGUUUGCCGUUCAGGGGCCCCUGAGCCUGGGCACAAGAGAGCAUGGCGACUGGACAACCUUUGCGCACCUGGCCAGCAAGAGGGCCUUCAAGGAGAAGAUCAUGCCAAGGGCUAAAGAAGUGGUAAAGCUGCUGGAGAAGCUGACCCCUUCAUCAUGUGCUCCAGAACCGCUGUGCACCUUAUGCCAAACUUGGGCUGACUACGGUGAGCAUUUGGGUGGCCCCAAGCACUGGUCGAAGCUCCACCCACUGCUGCCCGAUGGUGUCCCCAUCGAGAAGUUGAAGCAGCAGCACUGGAACUACUGGCAAAUCUGCCAUGGCUGGCUGCGCUUCAACGAACUCACAGGGGAGCUGCAAGUCAGUAAGGGUGAUGCUCAGCCAGGUGCGCCGCUUCCGGCGCCGGAAGCGGCACUACCCAUAGGGAAAGGAGGCUGCCCUGGACCUCAAAACUUUGGCGGCGAAGAACAGGAUCCGGCGUCCGAAUGGGACGUGAUAGCUCCUCCGUUAAGUCUGUCGUCGAAUCCACAUGCGGACUGGAAGAGCUUCGCACACUUGAGAUCGAAGAAGACUUUUUCCGAACAUAUGAAGCCCAGGGGACACAAAAUGGAAGAGAUACUGUCACCCUUUGGAGCCCAUCCCUACUGCCGAGCCUGUGGAGGCCCAGGAAGUCACCACCGAUUCUCCGAGCACAUUGCAGGCCCCGCACACUUUGUAAAGCUGAUGAACCAGUACAUCAAAGAUGGCGCGAGAGUGGCUGAUGUCCGCGAAGAAUUGUGGAACACCUACGAGCUCCCCCAGGAUGUUGUGAUCCGUUUCAAUGAGCUGGAUGGCACCAUCGAAAAGCUCAAAAAACUAGAAGCAAAGGCCAACCAACGACCGCAAGCUGAGCCCAGGGCAUCAGCAUACGCCAACCCACAGCCGCCAUGGACUUGCCCAGCUGAGCCCAGGGCACCAGCAGCUCGUACUAAUCCACAGCAGCUAUGGACGCAGCAAACUGCGACAUUUCGCCAUCCACCAGCAUCGCUGAAGAUGGAACCACCAGCUGGUUGGGGUCUGCCAUCGGCUGCUGAAGAUCUUCAGUCGGAGUAUGGGACCGUGUCAGUUGCGGCGCAUCCGGGCACUUGGGCAGCGAUGGGCCAAGCUAAGCCGGAUCGGAGCGGUGCUGCGGUGCAGAAGGUCGCCUGGGCCAUGUGGUGGUGUCAACAGAUGGCGACGGAGGAGAAAGUGGCCGAGGUUCAUCGGAUCCUGUCAGUGGAAAGAGCGAUGAAGGAGGUGUGCUGCCAGGGCUGUGGCGAGAGGGUCACCUAUGGUACCCUGGCGCAGCAUCUGCGCAGCCAGGAGCACUUCGCUGGGCUCAUGCUGCGGGCCCUCGACGACUCUCCGAAUUCCCAGGACGUGCGGUUGAAGCCGGUAUCACAACUGCUGCAGAUCAACAGAGGUUUCAUGGUUUGGACAUCCCUGAGAACCUUGGGUGCCAGCGUCAGAGCAGUGUCGGAGAAAGGCCUGGACCGCCCCAACGCCCCGGGCCUGGCUGGCUUGGAACGGACGGUGCACAGCAGCGCCAUCUUCCAUGAGUGCAGCUAUGAGUUCGUCGAAGCGAUCAUGUUGCAGAUCAGGAAGAUCUUGCUGCAUCCGGGCAAGGUUCUGGUGAAGGAAGAAGAUGCGGCGCCACGCUCCAUGUACUUCGUGCUCUUUGGAACCCUUGACAUAUAUCGCCUGGAUCAGAAGAUAGGUAGCCUCACCAGCGGCGGUGUCCUGGGUGAAGGUGUUCUCUUGGGCAUUCUGGACAGUUGGAGCUACACGGUGGUGGCCCGCGACAGUUGCAUGUUAGCGGAGAUGACCUCCGGAGUUCUGGGCGAGGCGCUGGCCAAAGCUCCUGAUGUGAGAUUCCAAUCCAUUGAUGCCAAGCUCUCCAAUGCCUUGAGAAAAGUCAUUGACAAUGCUGGGGACAAGUCUAUGCAAGUGAAGUAUGACAUGUCCAUGAAGAACCAAUUGUAUGGGAGAAGUGGGGACUUCAUCAAGGGACGAGAACUAUUCGCAAUGAUAUUGAUUAGCUUCAAGUCACCUGACCACACUGAAGUUCUCUACAAUGCCCAUCAUUUGUAUAUGUCCAACUACUAUGGAGAUGACCAACUUGAGGCUUUCUACAACAAGUGGCUUGACAUCGUAUACAAUAUGAAACAUGAUGAUCUGCCUUCCAACAAUUCCCUGCGUGACACAUUGUUCCGGAAGAUUGAACAUUCAAAGCUUAUGGCCUUCGAUAUCAACCGAUACAAAACCUUUGAUGAAGGGCAUCAUGAGAAGACCUAUGCUUACCUAACUGGUAUGAUCAAGGGAUACAUAGCACGAGGGAAGCAAGAACGACUGUUGAAAGAUAGAGAACGUGCAGUGAAACUGUCAUUGUCCUCUAACAAGACGACACCUGCCUUAGAAGAUGCAGAUAAGCCUGCCGCUCCCGUCAAGACCAAAAGGGAGAAUGAAGCGGCUGCAUCGUCUACAGGUGAUCCUCCCAAACGUCCUAAGGCGAAAGCGAAGAGUGAAGCUGCAUCGGUACUUCCUACACCUUCUCCGAAAUCCCAUGCCGACAAGAACAACAAGAAAGGCAAAGGUGGGAAGGGAAGAUCAUCUUCACUCGUUGACAAGAAGAAGAUUUUCUGUAACUACUUCUUCAAUAAAGGAGGAUGCAACAAAGGUGACAAAUGUCUUUACAGUCAUUCUCAGAAGGUCUAUGAUGCCAAGAUGAAAGGCCGAGAGGAUGAACUUGAAGCAACGAACUUGUGA